UAAGAAAACCAAGACUUAUCCCCAACCAACAAGCUCACGCUCCUCUAUUGUCAUUUGGCUCAAUUGAUUAUUCGUAUUCCUGUGGAUACAUAGCCUCGCGAUUGCUUGCGCCUCUGCCUUCGUAUAAUAUUAGGAUGCCGUUCCGAAGGUGGUUUUCAAAGCGGUCCACGGCAACGAUCGAGCGGCGAGAGAAGUCCGGCCUUUUCAUACUUCAUUCUCCUCAAGCUGAUAUCGACGUGGACAUUGUUGCUGUCCAUGGACUGAGUGGUGACUGGGAACAGACCUGGACCGACGAUGAAGACCAAAAGUUAUGGCUAAGGGAUUUCCUCCCAAUCGAGUAUCCAAAUGCACGCGUCUGGUCAUUUGGAUACGACGCAUCUGUAUUGGGCAAGGCCGUCGGCGAUAUAGAUGAUGUCGCAACAACUCUAGUUCACAUUCUCGAUGGAAAACGCAAACUGCACCCGCAAGCUUUGAAUCUAGCCAAAGAGCGCUCGGACCACUGGGAAGAUAUUGCGAGUAGUACAGUCGGUAUUAUGUUCUUUGGUGUCCCCCAUCGUGGAGCAGAUGCAGCCUAUUGGGCCGAUUUCGCGGCAAGUGUAAUCAGCUUCGCAAGUUUAGGGCUUCAGGGGAAUCGUAAUUUUGUCAAGGAUUUAAAGAAGAACUCUCGAGAGUUCUCAAACAUUUCAAAGGCAUUCAUCCAACCGGCUAGCAAGAUUAAAACCAUACACUCCUUUUACGAGACUGUGAAGAUUGGCAACAACGUUGUUGUCGAUAGGAAUUCGGCUAGCCUCAAUAUCAACAAUGAAUUAGCUGCGGCGCUUGAGGGAACAGACCAUCGGAAUAUGUGCAAGUUUAGAUCAGUCGAGAGCCAGAAAUACCAGCAAGUGAGGCUUGCACUGGACCAGAUGGUUCCUAGCGUAGCCAUUGCUAGCCCGGAUGUCGAUCGUCAAAUAUGCGAGCUCGUUCAACAAAUAAAAUUUGAUCCGCAGGCAAUCGUAUCAGACGACACCCAUGAUUUCCGCUGGAUGAUUAAUAUGCCGCAGACUCGCUCUUGGGAAACGACUGAAGGUUAUAAACCUCUAUAUGUGAAAUAUAAUAUUCCUUUAAGCUGUCAGAUUAGCCUUUCAUACGUCUUCCAUGAACAUUUGCGGUCCGAGAAUGCCGGUACUUAUUGGGGACUAGCACCUAUCGAUGACUCAAGAACUACAGAAUGGAACAUGGAGGAGCCAGCUCCCUCGGAGAUUAGUUGCCCAGAUCCUGAAUUGUUGCCACUGGCGCUCUCUACCGAUACAAAAACCUUCGCCUUAAUAAAUAAUGCGGAUGGUAACAAUGCGGAAAGCAAUCGGGCUCGCAUUUCAUGGCAAGAUGUAUUCUGUUCAGAAACCUCUUCAUGGGAGAAGCAAUGGAUAAUUCUCUUCUGUGCACUAACCUGUCUUGAUAGCGAUACCUUCCUUCUAUUCGUCGGCUUUAACGACGAGAUGUAUGAAGCCUUAGCCUUAGGCCUCAAAUUCUUGCACCCCAAGUGCUAUGGCACUGGACUAAAGUCUAGCUCCAAUAUUUCUCUUCCGCCGGAUUAAUGAACAUGAAGAAAUGAAGUGUGUUUACAGUCCUUGUGUUUCGAACCUCUACAUGGUCGACGAGGAAAUGUUAGGGAAGAGACGAGGAAUACCACUCAAUGGAUUCAAG